GAGGCAUCAUUCUGGGAAGUAAAUUAGGCUAGCAUUAAUGUCUCCGGGAAUGUGCGUGAGUACUCCAGAUACACCGCCCACACUCGCGUGGAAGAGAUCGGAUCGGAUCGCUUCUUCCUCCACACAAAUAAAAAGUUGCUGAAACUCCACCAAACUCUACCAGAUCCCAUAAACAGGCACCGGGACACGCGCUUUAGUUUUGCAUGACAUGCUGAGAGUUUCAGGCCGGGCAGCAAUCAUGCACAUCAAACUCAACUUGUCCUUUUUGACCCUCAUAUGCCUUUUUAAAGACACAGCCCCAUGUUUAAUGAUCAGCGAGGUGAAUUGUGACAACCCCAAACUGGACACUAAGGAAUUUGUGGAGCUCUACUACAACGGGACAAACCCUACGUCUCUGGACGGAUACACACUUGUGUUUUAUAAUGGCAACGGUGAUGUGGCCUACCGGGUCAUUGAUUUAACAGGACACCACACAGAUCAGAGAGGUUUUUUCCUGGUAGGAUCUGCUGAACUAAAGCCCCGUCCUGCCAUCUCUCUCCCACCCAACUCUGUCCAGAACGGGCCUGACGCCAUCGCACUUUACGGACCCAAUUGGGCUCCAGUUCCUGAAGGAGGACACGUUUCUGGAGUCGGAUUGGUGGAUGCUAUUGUAUACACUUCUCGAAAAUCCUCUGAAGGCGCUGAUGGUCUUGCUUCAGUUUUGACUCCCGGUUCGGUUCCAUACCUGGAGGAUGAAUCGGCUCUGGAGGGGGACGAGUCUAUUCAGCGCUGCUGGGAGUCUGGAAACUUCUGGACGUUUUCCACUGGUGCUCCCACACCCGGUUGGGUCAAUCAGUGCCUUCCGCCGACCCCUGCACACAUCUGGAUCAGUGAAGUGGAUAUUAGCGGGUCAGAGCAGAAGGGUGUUGUGGAGCUCAGUGUCGGGAAGGCAAACGGAUCCUUCACUUUGGUGCUUUAUGAUGUGACCACAGAUCUGAUUAGCUUGAGUGUCGAGUUCAGCGCUAAAGAAACCGGAUUCUACACCGUACCUGUGAAUACCGCUGCUUUGACAGUGCCACAGACUGCUGCAUUGGCGUUGUAUAAAGGCUCAGCAUCAGACUUCCCUAAGGACGGCCCCCUCAGCCAUGAGCAGCCAAUUGAUGCCUUCGUUUAUGGUGACUCCUCACACAUGCCCGGAAACAACCUGACAGAGACUCUCAUACCAGGGAGAAAAGCCUUCAUGCUUGCAGAAAGUUUCCUGACAGCAGGUGUUCAUGCCAGUCGAUGUGGUGUUGCCGAAUGGACGAGAGAUCCAGAACUGUUUGUGUCGAGACCCAGAAGUCCCGGAAAAGCCAAUGACUGCGUUUGGUUUCAGUCCUGUCCGCUUUACUUGAUGACCACUUUUGAAGGGUCUGGACACAUCAAGCCCCCGAUUCACAGCCAGGUUGAUUUCCUGCUGAAUGAGAUCAACACCGAUUCACCUGGAGGAGCCGAGGAUGAGGAGUUUAUAGAGUUGUGGCAUCCGUCCGGCUCCCGUAUGUCACUGGAUUUCAUCUGGCUGGUGAUGAUCAAUGGACUUAAUGGAGAAGUAUAUUAUGGACUGGAGCUCAAUGGAUAUUACACUGAUGAUGACGGAUAUUUCCUGAUCGGCAGCUCUAAGGUGGCCCCUGACAUCACAAUCUCAUCCAACACCAUUCAGAACGGGCCGGACGCCAUAGCCUUGUACCGCAGCAGGGGUUCACAAUCUGAGGAGCAUAUGGAUAGCAUGCUCAGUGGUUUGCUGGAUGCAGUGGUUUACCGUGGGCGUGGCUCUGAUAAGAGUACUUUCAAUCCUGAGCUGAUGGAGGCUCUGUCUCCAGGACAACUCCCUCUGCUGGAGGACAUCAGCGCUUUAGCCACAGACGAGUCUCUCAGCCGCUGCAGCAACAGCAAACGCAACCUCAGCGCUUUCAUGGUCGCAGCUCCAACACCGAGAAAGCCGAAUGCGUGUCCUCCACAAGCCCCUGGGGCUCUGAUCAUCAGCGAGUGGAGUGGGUUUUCUAGAAACAACCGAUCGCAGGACUGCUUCUUUGUGGAGCUGAGCGGUCCGCCGUCCACCCCUCUGAACAGACUGAUUCUGGUGUUUUUUGGAGAAGAUGAUCAAGUUUGGAGCGUCCCGAUCAGAGGCAGCACAGGAGCGGACGGCAUGUACCUGAUCUCCAAUGAUUCCAGAGCUGAUCAGGGUUUGCCGGUGCUCGGUCAUGUUGCUGCAGUGCUGUUGUGUUUCGAGCCAUCAGGAUCAGGCGUUUAUGGGAGCAAAUGUCAUCAUUUGGACUGGCUGAUUUUUUCAGAAGACCCAACGAUACUAAAAACUGUCCAGCACAACACAACCCGCUUCGUCUUCACGCCCUUCAGUGCGCUGUCUUUGUCUCGAUGUGCAUCAGAGGGGCCUGAACUCUGGAUCUCGUCUCCAUCCACUCCACGUCUCCGGAAUCACUGCCCGGAUCCGGCCUUUUCCAGCGCUGUGGAUCUGUGUUUAAAGCCAGACGAUCAAUACUGGCACAGAGACACCCACAAUUGUGCGCAGGAUGGAUUAGCAGUUUUAUUGGAGCAGUUGUGUAACUGUGGGAUCUCAGGGCUACAUGUUAAAGAUGUGAAUGUGUCCUGUGAAGCUGCUCAUUUGUUUGCACACGGAUCUGUUCUUGCCGUUUCUGACCAACAGAGGGAGCUAAUCACUGAAGCACUGAACAACAACACGCUCCAGUGUUCAUCUGCACAUGAGCGACAGGUUCAUGGAGCGGGGUCAUCAGUGGCGCUUCAGGUUGGUCUUGUAAUGGUGGCGCUUCUGCUUUUUGCUCUCGGUGCUGCUCUCUUUAUCUACUUCUACAAAAAAAGGCGUCCCGCUGACUACCUCUCCAUGCAGCUGAGUGAACAGGCCGAGACGCCGCUCGGACUCUAGUGUGUGUGCGUGAGUGCGCAUGUGAGCGUGGACGCAUUUUUGCAGGAUCAUAAAUGUUUAUUUUUUUAAAAACAGAGAUGAAUGUUUUUA